AUGGCUUCACAGGCCCUCUCAUCCGGGAUGGCAACACAAAGCCCGUGGUUACUUCGUUUCCCCCCUGAAAUGAUUUCGUUGAUUGUGUCCUUCUUGCCAAACAAAGAUGUCAAGUCCUUGCGCUUGACAUGCAAAACACUCGGCGAGAUAACGCCAUCCUUGUCACGCGUGUUUCUUUCUGCCAAUUCGUUAAACAUCCAAGUUUUCCGCGCCGUAGCGGACCAUCCAAAAUUCCGACAACAGAUCACGGAGAUCAUUUGGGACGACGCACGUUUUGUCUCCGCGCCAUUGAUCUGGGAAGAAGCGCAUUCAAUAAUCGACCCCCAAAGAUUGCAAACCAACCUAGAUGAAGGAUGUCCUAACUGGUUCGUGGAGCAAUGCGAAGAAAACCGCUAUAUGAUGAAACGUCGGAAGAACCAGAUGGAUGCAGAAAUGCCUUUGAAAGCCUGCUGGAAGUAUUACUCGCAAAUAUUGAAUGAUCAGAAAACUGUGAUCGAAUCUCAAGAUGACGAAAAAUCCUUUCUUUACGGCCUAGAGCGGUUCCCGCGGCUAAAAAGAGUGACUGUUACGCCUGCGGCUCACGGCUAG